AUGUUAUCAAAAAGUGUUCUCCGAUCGUUUAAUCACUCAAACUACGUCAAAUGCCAGCAAAUCUUUUCUUGUUACGCUAGUACGAAAUCGAGUUCCAAUGGAAAUUCGAAGAAUUUUGUCAUUGAUCCAAACGAAAAGAUCGUGUCAAAAGAUGAAAUUUUCUCUUUUAUUGUUCGAUGUAUGUUGAAAGUUGGUACGCGACCUUCCCAUGCUGAAGUCUUAGCGGAUAAUUUAAGUAUGGCAGACUAUCGGGGUCAUUAUAGUCAUGGUCUUAACCGGCUUGAUAUGUAUGUGAAUGAUAUCAGAAACGAAACGACGGCGAAAGACGGAGAUCCAGUUAUUCUUAAAGAAUCACCUGGAACAGCAUUGGUUGAUGGACAGAAUUUAUUAGGGCCGUAUGUCGGAAAAUUUUGUAUGAAUCUAGCUAUGGAAAAGGCGAAGAAAAUUGGGAUUGGAUUAGUUGCUGCGCGUCGGUCAAAUCAUUUUGGUAUUGCGGGUUAUUAUUCACUAAAAGCAGUUGACAGUGAUCUUAUUGGAUGGGCUUUCACGAAUACGAGUCCAUUAGUUGUACCAACACGUUCCAAAGCUCAAUCCUUAGGAACAAAUCCAAUCGCUUUUGGUGCACCGGCUCGAAAUGGCGAUAGCUUUGUGCUUGAUAUGGCAACGUCGACUGUAGCAUUGGGAAAAGUUGAAAUAAGUCAAAGACGAGGCUCUGACAUUCCUAAUACAUGGGGUGUGAAUGCAGAAGGUAUUCCAGUAACAAAACCGCAAGAAGUGCAAGGCUUACUAGCUUUGGGUGGUCCAGAAGAAUCAUCUGGUUACAAGGGUUACGGUUUAGCUAUGAUGGUUGAAAUUCUUUGCGGAAUUCUAUCAGGGAGUCAUUUUGGUCCGUGGAUUCGUUCAUGGAAAUCGGGUAAAAGUGAAGCAAAUCUGGGCCAAUGUUUCAUCGCUAUUAAUCCCAAUGCAUUCGAAGAUGACUUCGAUCAACGUUUACAAAAAUUAAUCAACUAUUGUCGAUCAUUGCCACCCACAGAAUCUGGCAAACCAGUUCUGAUUGCCGGCGAUCCGGAACGAGCCCAUAUGGCCGUAUGUGAUAAACUUGGCGGUAUUCCAUACCCUCCAUCGCAAAUCGAAUUUAUGCGUAGCUUAGCACGCUCACUAAAAAUUGAUCUACCAAAUAUUCAAUGA